AGUAUCACGAAGUAGGCGUUGCGUGCGACCAUGGACAACAUUCCUCGGUCAAUUAUAAACCACACCACCAACAGUUAGGUAUAAACGAGGUGUGAGCGCUGCUUGAGGAUAUUUGCCGAGCGGCGGAAGUAUUAUAAACUGUAUUGUUGGGAGUUGCUACAGUCCGGCUGCAGGAGGCUAGGCUGGCAGGCGUCCCGUGUCGUCGAUGUUACUCGUUACUCAACCGUCACCACUCUCUUUUCUCUCCGAUUACUCGAUGAUCAGUCGUGGAAGAGAAGAUGAAUGCGACAGCAAGGCAAACACGGGUGUGAACGACCGCACGGAUUCGUUGUCGUUGCAAGAGCCAAGGCUCGACUUGAGCUUCACGAAGAAGGCGAAGUCACGCCGUUCGUUCAAGCGGCUUCAGGGCCUCUUCGGUGGACUGUACGGCAACCAGACGAAAGGGAAGGGCAAACACGGAUCGGCCUCCGCACCUAACACUCCUGCAGAUCCGACACAGACUGUCGAUUUUGCUGCGAUGAUGUCCGCCGCGAAUGGUGUCUUCGACUCUGGCGUUUCUGCGUGUCUGGUGAGUCCUCUUAGCUCUCCGUGCUUGUCGAGACGGAAUCUGACGGCCGGCGGGCAGACGAACACGAAGAAGGCGUUGGGUCUGAAGAAGAAAGCGCGCAGUACGAAAUCGGUGACUUCCUUAUGGUCUCCAUCACCUCAGGGUAUUAACAACUGGUGCUCUCUGAGUGGUCGAACUGUGGAACUGAGUGAUGUUGAGUUACGAGAUCUCUGUGAAGCAGAGAGAGUUGCUCUGCAGAGGGUUGCACUCGAACAGUUGAACACACUGUCUCUUGGUUGUCAUAUUCAACUACCAAAAGAUGGAUCAAGAAGAGGACUUCUCAAGAGAGGGAUAAAUCUUCGUAGAAGUUUUGGUCUUAGCUCUGAAAGAGAUAAGAAGAACAAAGAUGUCCUUCUAGGAGCCGUUUUUGGCCAGCAUUUAUCGAAGGUGCUGAGUCACGAUCGUUCUAUCGUUGAUCGAAGGGCGAAAGCUAAUGCUGCUUCGGCAGUUCAUCUCUCUAAUCAAUAUCUAGUACUGUAUGCCAAUGAAGGUGGCUUGAAGAAUGGAAUGAAGCAGUCUACAUCAUUAUCGGCCGUUACGACACAAUCCGGUGUUGGUGGAACUUUUCUAUCUAGUCCUUCACCGCCACUCGAGUAUUCACUUGAUGAUCAACGGUUCGGAGGCAGUGAUGUAACUAGGAAUGGAGAUGUCUUUUGUAUGCGAGACAAUGCCGAGGACAACAAUUCACUUUAUAGUAAGUAUUUUGGACAAGACAGAGCAAGUGAGCAAAGUCGUUCUACGUUACACAAGAAAGAAUUCCAGUGUAAAGAUGUCAAUUUGGCACUAGACUUGGAAUCUACAACUCUUCAUUUGAAUACGUUUCAUUCUGCUAUGGCUGCGAUAGCACAAGCAGAGUUGGUAGCUGGCAAUCUUGCAUCCACUGUAGAUAAUUCUUCAUCUCUAAAACCUCAGGCAAGGAAAAACUCAAUACCAGAUGUCGGUCUUUACCCUGGUGUGGACGAUCCUGAUACAUUUUCUGCUCACGAUGAUAAGCGUUCACUCUACUCUCCAUUACCAGCACAGAUACCAUUAAUUAUAUCAAGAUCUCUAAAGUUUCUUGAAGAGCACGGUUUGCACACGACCGGGCUGUUUCGUGUUCCUGGCUCUCGCAAACGAAUACGCCAGAUGAGAGACGAGUUUGACUGUGGCAAUGACGUGUAUUUUUCUGAUGAUUUGAAUCCAACCGACAUCGGAGGUCUGUUAAAAGGCUUUCUACGUGAUCUACCAGAGGCUCUACUCACAAAAGAGCUCUAUGCACCUUUCAUUGCCACCAGGCGACUCGAAGAUCCAAGGAUAAGGGCAAUGGCACUGAAUUUGCUGUGUGCACUCCUACCACCUGCUAACCGAGACACAUUGUCAGAAUUGCUGCAGUUCUUGCAGCUUGUAUCAUGCCACGCUCAUUGUCUCUGUGGCACUGGCAGCGCUGACAGUUCGCUCGAAGAAAAUGGUGGAAACAAGAUGGACAAAAGAAAUUUAGCAACUAUGGUCGGUCCAAAUAUCUUGCACAAGGUGAAGGGAUCUAAAGAAUAUCAGGUGUUGUCUCAAGAUCAAGUAGAUGACCAGGAUGAAGUGAUUUCAGUUGUAGAGGAGAUGAUCGAGAGGAGCAAGGAAUUGACGACAGUGUCGGCAUCACUCCACGACAUGGUAUUCAGGAAACUCGUCGAAACCGAGCCUGACGCUGUCGAUUACCUGUUGAAACAAAAAUGUCAAACUUUUGAAGAAAGAACCAGUGCCGAUCCGUCGAUGUGUGACAAGAGACCUUGUUCCAGGACUCAGAGUGAUCAGUCGGCAUUUUCUAGUGAUCAGUCUGCCUUUCACCUGUGUAAUGAACCAUACCUUUCGCAAAACUCGUCAAUCGUGCUCUGCAAUCCUGCAGCACGAAACAGUUUUGGGAGUUUACCGCGAUGUGGCUCUGAGGCUCGUGAUUUGGACAGUUUGUCGUCGGGCUACUUCAGUCCAUUGGAACCGGCGAGUCCGCCGUCUACGUCGAGUGCUCUCGAGUGUGGUUCCACUGCAUGUAAUGUAUUUGUAGAUGGUGGACAUCUUCAGUGGAAUCAUAGACGACAGUUAUGCCAUUCUGUAUCGAGCCCUUCCUUGGAAGCUUUGCGGAUAGCAUCACCGUCACCGAGUCUCACCGGCUCUGAUAUUGCGAGCAUCUCAAACAAAAGCAGUCCUCGUCGUAGUGUUGGACAGUUGGUAUCUCCACAGGAAUCGGCGCUGAGUUCUUCACCCAUUCGCACGGUUGUUACUCCAGCCACACCCGACAUGCCCCGCCGACCGAGCAAAUCGGUAAGCUCGCUAUCGAGUCUGGUACGAAUGAAAGGAAGUCUGGACUUGAGAGACUCAAAUGAAGAACUUGCAGCAACAAAUAUGAAUUCAACAAAUACGUCGUUUGAGGUACAGAGCGGAGAUAAACUUGUUGAGACUGAACAAAAGAUCGGUUCAUGGGACAAUGGAACUCAAAAUGAGUCGCCGAACAGCGUUGCUAGUGAGCAUGAUCCACAGCAGCUUCAAGAACGAGAUCAUAAUCAAGUAUCUAUUCAUCAUUAUCCCUGGCAGAGGAAGCACUCCGACUGGGCUGAGGAGAUUGAUUUGUUUCAGCAGGAAACUCUGGUUUAGGAUCAGACCAUCUCACAAUUAGCCCACACUGCAGACACUAACCAUACACGUUUAGAUGAGCACAUACAGGAAAACACAUUGUAACUUAUACAUAUUGUAUUUAUUUUUGUACACUUUCAUGUAGCGAACUUGUACAAACGUGAGACAGGUUUGAAGAUGAGCUGAAUCUUUAUUAUUAGCAAUGAGA